AUGAGCGCUUCCGAAAGUAUCCGGUCGGUAGCGCGGCACUGGCCUCACCUCCACGAUCUGCCAUUCGAGGAUAUUCCGGACACCCGAGUGGACAUGUUGAUCGGAUGUGAUGUACCCGAGGCGCAUGGGGUUCUGGACCAAAGGAUAGGAGUCCGUAGAGAUUCGUUUGCUGUGCGCACGAUGUUUGGUUGGAUACUCCGCGCGUCGCUCGGUAAUGAUGGUAAUUAUUCAGCCUCGAUCAACUUCAUCUCGCGGCCAGAUAAUGCCAAAGGAGACGACCUGGAGCGGCUUUACAACCAAGAGAUCGAGGACAUAGCAGACGACCUGNAUCUAUGUGGAGGGAAGACCGCUCAGCCCUGGCUGUCGUCACCGAAGCGACACGAUACAACGGAACUCAGUUUGAAGUGCCGUUACCAUGGCGAACGAGAUCCAGUCGACUGCCAGACUGCCAGAGGUAGCCCUACAUAG